UAAGAUAAAAUUUAUCUAGCAAAUCCUAUUCCCUAAUCUUUAUUUAAUACAUAUACCAAGUAGUUCACGGUCUGGUCUAGUCGUUGUUUAUUAACCUUCUCAAGCAGCAUGACCGCAUAAAGCUCGACUCGGCAUUUAUUUGAGGUCCUGUGCUUCGCCUCCCCCCUGCGUUUUUUGUUGUAAACUGCGAGGAAGAAGGUCUUUUCUAGAAGAUGGUGUCUUUCGCAAGGGCUAUACCUGGCCGUUUAGGCCGGUCAGCUCUUAAAUUGAGGGCUUCAACUCCCUUGAGCUCUCGGUUGCAGCGUACAGCUCCAUGGAUAUGCCAUAGCUGCACUUACAAGGCCGUAGCAACGGCUACUCAGAGACGGUCGUUCACUACCAUUGACAGGACGCAAGUGGCGAGUUAUGCCGACCUGGACACAUUCCCUCGUCGCCACAUCGGUCCUGAUGAAAAUGAUACUGCUGAGAUGCUGAAGGCUCUGUCGCCCCCAGUCGACGAUCUGGAUAAAUUUGUUCAGCAAGUUAUUCCGCCUAACAUCUUAUCCAAGAAAAAGCUUGAUAUUCCUCCCCAUACCGGGCCACAAAGUGAAUCAAGUCUAAAGGCGAAGGUGAAGGAAUACCAGUCCAAAAUCACAGUAAAGAAGAGCUUCCUCGGUCAAGGUUACUAUGGAACGCAUACGCCAGCCGUUAUUCAACGAAACGUCCUGGAGAACCCCGCCUGGUAUACCAGCUACACCCCUUAUCAGCCGGAAAUUAGUCAGGGCCGGUUGGAGUCCCUCGUUAACUUCCAAACUGUGGUGACGGACCUGACAGGGCUUCCUAUAGCCAAUGCCAGUCUUUUGGAUGAAGGCACCGCCGCUGCCGAAGCAAUGACCCUCUCUAUGAACGCCUUGUCGACGCAGAGAGCUAAACGAGAAGGAAAGACUUUCGUCGUCUCUAAGUCCCUUCACCCGCAGACGAUAUCCGUCUUACGUGCACGUGCGGACGGCUUUGGUAUCAAGAUAUCGGAGCUCGACCUGUCGAAGGAUGAAGCACGUACCGAGAUUGAGAACAUCGGCGAAGAUCUGGUUGGUGUUAUGGUCCAGUAUCCUGACACAUACGGUCAAGUAGAAAACUUCCAGCCUCUGGCCGACUUGGUACAUAAACAAGGUGCCCUUCUCAGCGUUGCCACUGAUCUGCUGGCUUUGACCAUGCUCAAACCCCCAGGAGAAUGGGGGGCUGACAUCGCCUUCGGAAGCGCGCAAAGAUUUGGUGUACCGAUGGGAUUUGGCGGCCCGCAUGCUGCCUUCUUCGCCGUUCAGGAGAAGCACAAGCGGAAGAUGCCUGGACGAUUGAUUGGCUUGUCUAAAGACCGACUAGGUGGAAAGGCGUAUCGGUUAGCACUGCAGACGCGAGAACAGCAUAUUCGAAGAGAGAAGGCGACUAGUAACGUAUGCACGUCACAAGCGCUUUUGGCUAAUAUGAAUGCUCUCUACGCGAUUUAUCACGGUCCCGAGGGCCUCAAGGCAAUCGCCGAGCGAGUUGUCCGAGGGGCGCGAGUUGUGCAAGCUAUUGCCGAAGAACACGGGUUCGCCACGCAGAAGAGCAAGUGGAGCAACGACGGCAGCGUUGUCUUCGAUACAGUCAUUAUUGACGUCGGAUCCAAAGAGCGCCAGGUUCUAUCCGUGAGCAUAGCACAUGAACACGGAAUGUAUAUCCGUCAAAUUGGUGAGCAGCAAAUUGGUAUUUCGAUUGAUGAAACGACAACACUGGAUGACUUGGUCAAAGUAUUCCAAGUAUUUGCUACUACGGCUGUUAAUAUCGAUGCUUCCGCGUAUGACGCGGCGGAGGGUCGCGUUCGUCAGAUACUCGAAAAGCAUGCCGAUUCGGUAGAUAUCCCAGACGCCUUUAAACGAACCUCAAGCUUCUUGACGCAUCCUGUCUUUAAUACGCACCACUCAGAGACCGAAUUACUACGAUACAUCUACCAUCUACAGUCCAAGGAUCUGUCGCUUGUCCACUCCAUGAUUCCUCUUGGCUCAUGCACCAUGAAGCUUAAUGGAACCACGGAAAUGUCGCUUAUCACGCUACCUGAAUUCUCUCAGAUUCACCCGUAUACCCCACAGGCGUUUGUACCGGGUUACAAUAGCCUCCUGGAGAUGUUCCGAGGUCAGCUACGUGACAUAACGGGAAUGGAUGCUGUUUCUCUUCAACCAAAUUCGGGAGCACAAGGUGAAUUCGCUGGUCUACGAGCAAUCAGAGACUACCACAAGGCACAAGGAAAUGGUGGGAAGAAACGGGAUAUUUGCCUUAUUCCUGUAUCUGCUCAUGGUACAAACCCUGCUUCUGCCGCCAUGGCUGGUAUGCGGGUGGUACCAAUCAAAUGUAACACCAUUACUGGCAACCUUGACCUAGAAGAUCUCGAAGCAAAGUGCAAAAAGCACCAGGAAGAGCUCGGGGCUAUCAUGGUUACUUACCCUAGCACUUUUGGUGUGUUUGAACCCGAGAUCAAGAAGGUCUGCGAGCUAGUGCACGAACACGGUGGUCUAGUCUACAUGGACGGGGCAAACAUGAAUGCGCAAAUUGGGCUCUGCUCUCCGGGAGAGAUCGGUGCUGAUGUAUGCCACCUGAACCUUCACAAGACUUUCUGUAUCCCACACGGCGGAGGCGGCCCUGGCGUGGGCCCCAUUUGCGUAAAGCAGCGUCUUCAACCCUACCUUCCGAGGGACCCCAACGCUGAGGGCAAGGCAGCCAGCGGUGGCUAUGCGGUAAGCAGCGCCAACAAUGGUAGCGCCAGUAUCAACCUCAUCAGUUGGGCGUAUAACACCCUGAUGGGCGCUGAAGGUCUCACCCAAGCUACUAAAAUUACUCUACUGAACGCUAAUUACAUUCUCUCACGUCUCAAGCCCCACUACCAGAUCUUAUACGUGAAUGAGCACGGACGUUGUGCUCACGAGUUCAUCAUUGAUGCCCGACCUUUCAGCAAGUCAGCUGGUAUCGAGGCCAUUGACAUUGCCAAGCGUCUACAGGAUUACGGCUUCCACGCCCCAACGAUGAGUUGGCCCGUCGCCAAUACUCUAAUGAUUGAGCCGACUGAGAGUGAGAGCAAGGAGGAGCUUGACCGCUUUAUCGACGCUCUGAUCAGUAUCCGCGGGGAGAUUCGCGAAAUCGAAGAGGGCAAGGCCCCGCGCGAGGGCAAUGUCUUGAAGAUGUCGCCGCACACUAUGCAGGACCUAAUUGCAGGCGACGGCGGUGAGGGUGGCAAGUGGGAGCGAUCCUACUCGCGAGAGAAGGCGGCAUACCCUCUGCCGUGGCUUAAGGAGAAGAAGUUCUGGCCGACUGUUACAAGGGUAGACGACGCAUACGGCGACUUAAACCUCUUCUGUACCUGUCCACCAGUCGAGGAUACGACAUAAAUGAUUAUUGUUUUCCCUAGCAGCAGCAUCUUUCCGGCGUAGCGCAUAUAUGAAUGAUAUCCAGUUUUCAACAUCAUGGAGAAAGGGAAAGAGAAAAAAAAGGCGUACGGCGGAUUAGAUGGGCCCAUUCAACACACAAAUAUGGUAGAGUUGGGGGUGGCAACGGAGUUUUAUCAACUCUUCCGGGGCAUAAGGCGUUUUUUUCGGGAGACAACCGUUCAACAGCGUUAACGUCUUUUUCUUUAACAUGCAAGGGAGCAGUUUGGUUGGGUUUGACUAAGAAUCACCAACAUCGUCAUCAUCAGCAUCAUCAUUGGGGGGGGAUAGGUUAGGUAUGCACAUAUGUGGGCGUGCAAAUUAUUCAACUACGCAAGCGAGGUGUAUGCAUCUGGGCCCAUUUAACUGGGCUAGAUCUGGCAGGUGGGAGGAGGAGGGAGUAAAGGGAAAAAGGAGAUAGCUAGCGUUGGAACUUUUUUUUUUUUCUUUAUGUUGAUCUAGACGAAUGAGAACGCUAGAUCAAGAUAUGCGUAGAUUUGACUCUAUAUAACUAGUAUAUAUUACUAAUAGAGUUCUCUGUUCCGCUAGAA